AUGUUGUUCAAGUCCGUUGGCCUGGCCUCUUUGGCCGCUCUGGCCGCUGACGCUGCUUGCGCCAGCGCCACGAGCUCUCCUCGUUAUGUCAUGUACUACGACCAGUACCACACCUCCGGCAUUCCCGACAAGUCUGUCACGUCUGGCAUCACCCACGUCAUCACUGCUUUCGCCAACUCUUCUCUUUUCGCCUCCGAGCCCGCCGGCGAGUACAAGCCCUUCAAGAACCUGACCGACAUCCGUCCUCUCUUCGACAACGGCACCAAGGUGUGCAUGGCUAUCGGUGGCUGGGGUGAUACCGAUGGCUUCAGCCUGGGUGCCUCUACGAACGAGAGCCGCAACAAGUACGCCAAGAAUGUUGCCGCUGCUGCCGUCAACCUUGGAUACGACUGUGUUGAUGUCGACUGGGAGUACCCCGGUGGCAACGGCGCUGAUUACAAGCAGAAGCCCAAUGGCAACAAGACGGCUGAGAUCAACACCUUCCCUCUGCUCCUGUCUGCCAUCAAGACUCAGCUCAAGCACCACAAGAUGGAGCUCUCCGUCACUGCCCCUGGUCUCAAGCGCGACAUGAUUGCUUUCACCGCCAAGACCAUCCCUAAGAUCAACGCUGCUGUCGACCACUUCACCGUCAUGACCUACGACUUGAUGAACCGCCGCGACAACACCACCCGCCACCACACCGAUGUCAAGGGCUCUCUUGAGUCUGUCGACACCUACAUCUCUCUUGGCAUUGACGCUGCCAAGGUCAACCUUGGUUUCGCCCUGUACGCCAAGUGGUUCACCACCGCCACUGGCGCCAACUGCACUUCUCCCAUCGGCUGCCCUACCGUCCUGCUCGAGGCCGCCGACGGAACUGACACCGGCAACUCUGGUGCCGUCACCUUCGAGACUGCUAACUUCCAGGAGGCUCCCACCAACCUGACCACGUCUACCGACUCUUCUUGCGGCGCCGGUACCUUCUUCAAGUGCCCCACCGGCAGCUGCUGCAGCCAGUACGGCUUCUGCGGUACUACUGCUGCCCACUGCGGUAACGGCUGCCAGUCCGACUACGGUAUCUGCAACGGCACCUCCACCCUCAGCUCUUUCAAGACCGCCAUGGCCAACGGCUACACCGACGAGGUCAACGGCGGCCAGUGGUACUGGGAUCCCGCCGGACCGUUCUUCUGGACCUGGGACACCCCUGCUCUUGUCACCCGCAAGUUCAACGACAUCGUCAAGGCCCGCGGCCUCGGUGGUGUUGCUGCUUGGAGUUUGGGUGAGGACUCCUACGACUUCAGCCUUCUCAAGGCCAUCCAGGCUGGCGUCAGGGCUAUGGUCUAG